CAAACAAACACAAAAAAAUCUCUGGGAUAAAAGACCGAGUUCGUAAUUUAUAUCCACUUUGGCCGAGUUUUUAAUAUUAUUGAUUAAAGAGUGCUGACUAAAUUCCUUCUAAACUGCUAUAAAAUGGGAGGAUUAAGUCGUUGGCUGGACGUGGAAGUUGGAGCAGACGAAAUAGUUUUGAAUACGCUACCUUCAAACGUAACUUUCGCUGACUUACAAAACGACAAUGAAUUCAAACUUAUCAUAGGUGAUUUUGGGAAGAUUGAGGAUGGCCCGAGACUAAAGAUAUUCAAGGGCACAAUGCUCGUAUCAGAUUUCAGUCUACCAGACUUACCACUGGGUGUAGUUGCCUUCUACAAUAGCGAGAGCAAGCCUCGUCCCUUGCCCUUAUUGGCUGUAGCAUUCAGCUCCUGUAUGUAUAUUUAUAGAAGCAUGAAUCUGUUCUACAAGUACUAUUUACCUUCAAUUGAUCUGAACCCCGGUGAAACAGAAGUUUGGAAACAGUUGGUAGAUCCGGAGAAUCACAAAGAGGAAACUGUGCUGAGAUUAAUAGAGAAUCUAAAAAAGAUACCUGAGAAAGUUCUCAGCAAUCAGUCUAAAGAUUUUUUGACUUUGAAUAUUGAACAGCAGAUGGAAUAUUUGGAGACUUACAACAAUAUUCCUCACAAGAAAUACUCAGAUAUCUCUUGUAUAACCACAUUGAAAAUGAGUUCCGUGGAUAAGUAUGCUGCAAGUUGCCUGGUUGUUGGCUCGGAAGAUGGAGAUGUUAUUAUUUUAGAUCCACAAACAUUUACUCCAUUGACAUGUGUAAAGUUAUGUUCAAUGAAAAGGACUCCGUAUCAGAUAGUAGCCACAGGGCUUUACAGUGUGGAAUACCGAUUGACUGUGGCAACCAGGGAGAAGUGUGUAUGUGUCGUCAAAAGAGAUUGGAUGGAGGGCCGCAUGUUGUUUGCCACGGACGACCACAUCACAGCAAUAGAGGUGUUCACUACAGACAACACAAUCAUGGUCAUCUGUGCUGAUAACACACUGGCUUGUUAUAGUAGAAAGGGCAGGAAACAAUGGUAUAUACCAUUAGAACACAAACCUGUUGCAAUGACUCUAGUGCCGGUGAUGCAUCUCGGAGUCACGUUGGUGGCCGUGGCGCUUACGUCGGGACACUUGCAUCUCUACGACGGCAAAGCUAAAAGAGACUCGCUCUUUAUAAAAGAUGUGGUAUCUGUAAUGAAAUUCGGCCAACUAGGACAAGAGGAGCAUGUAUUCACUAUCAUCACAACAAGUGGAAACCUCAUGCUGAAGAUACUCAAGCGCACAGCGGACUUCAACUCGAGCGGCUCAGUGGAGCACGGGGCCAGUACAGUACAGAAACCCUGGCUCAUACCCAAAAAGUCUAAGUUGUUUCUUGAACAGGCGGCGAGAGAGCGGGAGAAUGCGCAAGCGAUGCACACGACAUUUCAACUAGAGCUGAGCCGUCUGCGGCUGCUGGCGGCGCGCACGCUGUUAGCGGCACAUUCACGCGCUGACAACGUCGUCGCGCAAGGACAAUUCGAGCCCAUACGACUGGCAGCCGAGGUGGAAGGCCUAGGUCCGACGUUCGUUGUGUCGCUGAUAGUGGAGAAUACUUCCCCCGACAAGGCGGUGGUGGGUCUCUACAUACUGUUCCAUGUCCUCUUCACCAGUUAUAAGGUCUCCAACCCCAGUAUCAAGGUGCCGCUGUUGUCCCCGGGCGGGUCGCUGAGGCUGUCGACGCUGGUGGAGGAGCAGUUCGACGAUCUGAACCCCGACGUGUUCUUCCGACCCGUCACAGGACGCGCGGGGGACGCCGCCACGCUAAAGGUUCUACUGAUGAAGUCAGGCCGAAGCACCCCGGUGCUAGCGGCUACAGUACAGAUGCCACCAACUGACCCCAUGAUGGUGCCCUACGAUAAGAUACAGGCGACCGCUGCCGCUCAGCGCGAUCAUGAUGAUGAUGAAUAAAUUGUA